CAUUUUAUCUCAUUACAGCCGCAAACUUUAAAGUGUGAGUCUAGCUUCCAUUAUUCUUUAGGAACGGUCACACACGUACAGGCUCUAUAAUCUGAAGCAUUAAGCUUUUAUUCUGUCCAUAUCCUGGACAUAAUGCGCGCCCUGCCAUGCACACCGCUCAGAAUGCAGGAUUCAGCUGAUCAGAAGUUUCUCCUGCAGCCCUGUGAACGCAGCACAGUGCAGCCGGAGUGUUCCUGUGAGCCAGUGUUUACAGUCAGCUGUGGCACCAGCAUCUUAGCGUCAAAGAUUUCAACUUUUCUUUGUAACUGAAGGAUGGCGAGACGUUUGCUCAGCGUUUACGGGGACAGAGCGACCCUCUCCCGCUGAGAUAUUUUUGCCUCUGUGCGUAAAAUGCUGCGUCCUGGCGCGGAGGAUCCCGGUCGGUGGAGCUUCCUUCACGCCUCGCUGCCGUGAGUCGGCGCUGAGCAGGAGUGGCAUCUCGGCGACAAAAUCCUGCUGAAAGACCGUCCUUUAGAGCUCAGGCAUACAUGGAGCUGUGAGAUCACAGGCGUUAUAAAUACCCCCAGCGGCCAUCCGGCAGAACCUCCGCAGCCAGGGCCAAUGCCCACCCGAGCCUCACGCCGUUGCGCGUAAACCUUUUGGGUUGUUGACCUCGGGACUGGAGGAGCGGUAAAAAUGCGAGAAGCGGCCUGAGUCUCCGGCUUGGAAGCAUGAACGUUCCUCUCUACCUUCUGACCUUCGCUCACUGGGUUUGCGCCGCGGCCGCAGCGGAGCGCGUCUCCCUGCGUCUUCGGGAAGGGAUCAGCUCGGGACGCAGGACCUGCAGGCUGUACUGCAGGGUCGGCAUCGGCUUCCACCUCCAGAUCCAUCCCGACGGCAAAGUGAACGGCAGCCAUGAACCCAACCAGCUGAGUGUGCUGGAGCUGUUUGCCAUUUCUCAGGGCGUCAUCGGCAUCAGAGGAGUUUACAGCAACAGAUUCCUGGCCAUGAAUAAAAGAGGACGGCUUCACGCCACCGAACGGUUCUCAGACGACUGCAAGUUCAGGGAACGUUUCCAGGAGAACAGUUACAACACCUAUACCUCUGUAAUCCACAGGAACCAAAGGACCGGUCGAGAGUGGUACGUUGCCCUCAAUAAGAGGGGCAAAGCUAAAAUGGGCUCCAGUCCGCGGGUCAAAUCCCAGCACGUCUCCACACACUUCUUACCCAGGGCCAGUCUGCACGACUUUAGCCAAAGAGGCUUCACCAUCACAGAAAGGAGCAAAGAGAGGAGGAAAGCGCUGCCGCCGGCAUCGCCCAAACCUCCACCUGUGGGCCAGAAAGUCCCUGAAGCAGCAGUGCAGAGACGCAGACAGGUCAAAUACUGGCCCAAGUACCGCUUUGGAUGAGUUUUCAAAGGCAAGGACAACAGUAUUAAACUUCAUAAAAGACUGGACAAAGGUCAUUUAUGAUGUUCAAAUCAUUCCAGGAUUCUGUGAACCAUGUAAAACAAAAACAAAGGGCUUCCAGGAACACUCACCGAACCCGUCUCUGUCGAAUCUACGAUAUCAGUUAAACUUUUCUUUCCACUUAAUUCUGUGUUGCUCUGUCCUGCUGUGUGCCGUCACACAUGUUCUAUUGAUGAAGCUCUCCUCAGAGAGAGAGAACAUGUAUCUGUUUUUUUAUAUCUAGAAUUUAAACUCAUUUUUAUAACGUCUCAGACAAACAAGUUGUUUUAUAAUGCUUUUAUAU